UGCGUUUGACAAUGCAACGGCAUAGUUCCGUCCAUGGAUAAUUAAACCUCACAGUGUAAAAUAAAAUAAAAACAAAGAUCGCUCUUAUCUGACUUUUAAAAUACCAUUUCUUUUUGCUAGAGACCGUUGUUUAAAAAAAAAGUAGACAAGCAUGACAAGUGCAUCAAAUGCAUGAUAUGAAAAAAUAAUAAAAAAAAUUACCCUAUAAGUCAAGUGACGACAACACUAACAAAGCUGUGGGUAUACUCUAUUUGAUAGAAAAAAAAUUUAAAUGACAAGUCGUGAAAAUUUUUCUUUUUUCCUUUUUUUUCUUCAUUCUCGGGUUAUUUUUUUUUUUUUGUUCCAUUGACAAAGAUGCAAAUUACCAGAUUACUACUGUUGUCUAGUUUUGCUAGUUUAAUAAGUGGACACAUUAUUAUUAUGAGCAAUAAUGAUACGCAUAUUGAUAAGGCAGCAGCUUUUGGGCCACAAUUAAGCAAGGAAGGAAUGGUGGGUAAUAUGCUCCAGCCACCUAAAGAAAGUCAUCAAGGUUGUGUUCGCAUUGAUCUGCCGCCUUGUGAGAACUGGAUUGCUAUUGUGGAGCGAGGAGGUUGUUCCUUUGUUGAUAAAGUGCGCACUCUUCAAUCAAGCGGUGCAAAAGCCGUGAUUAUCGGUGAUAGGCAUUACAAUGGUUGGAUUACAAUGUACGCCAAUGGCGAUUCCUCUGAUAUCCGCAUUCCUAGUGUGUAUGUAGCCCAAUACCAGUUCUUAUCUCUGUUACAGCAUCUGGAAGAAGAAGAGUCUGUACUCAUCAGAAUCACAGAAAACGAACUGUUUUCAUGGUCAUACUCUGAUUUACUGCUGUUUUUUGCAGUGUUGUUACCGUCAAGUAUAUUGUACGCUUUGUACUUGACAUGGCGAGUACGGCAACAGCAUCUACAAAAGGAAGUGGCUCCUACUGAUGUUGUGACAAGUUUACCAAUCCAUUCAUUUCGACGCGAAAAAGAUAUACCCAUUGAUGAAUGUAUUAUUUGUUUGGAAGAAUACCAGGAAGGCGAUAAGAUCAGAACUUUACCGUGUAAACAUGAAUUUCACUGUAGUUGUGUUGACCUUUGGUUACUUACCCGAAAAAAGUUUUGUCCGAUUUGUAAAUAUGAUAUAUGUAAACGAAAAUACCAAGCAACUGAAAACACGCCAUUAUUAUUAGUAUAGGAAAUUAAAAAAAAAAAAAAAAAAAAAAAAAAAAGUGAGAGAGUGUGAGUGAGUGAGAGAUGUGUAUUAUUGUUGAUUGUGUAUGUCGCGUAAUUCUAUCGUCUAGUUUGAGUUGUAGCACCAGAUCUUCUUGGUGGUAGUCCACCCUAUUUUUUUUAUUUUUUUUUUAUAUACAAAUGUUUAUUGAAACGCGUCUUUUAUAUACAUUUAAAUUUACCUUCAUGUUUAUAUAUUCAGAU